AUGGCACCGUCAUCACGACGUGUAUCGCAAGCACCAGCACCUAAUGUCAAUCUCUUCUGCUCUCAGUGCGACACCCAGAUUGGGGUGUUUGUGAAUGAGUGGAUCCGCCUUACCUCUUCUUAUGUCCAUCCCGCGCACCCAGGCAAGCAUUUUGGGACAGAGAUUGGAAACAAGACACAGGUCGUGCCAGAUGGCGUCUUUCAGAAAGCAGUCCAAGGAUGCACUUUGGCUGAGGUCUUUUGCAAGAAAUGUUCGGCUGCGCUAGGUCAGUUUUGUAAGGCUGCGCCGACACCACAGCAGCGGCGAUUGCAGGACGAGUACUUUUACAAGUUAUCAAAGACCUAUUUGAAGGACAAUGAAACGAAUACCAUCGUCGAUGCCGUCUUUGGCUAUUCGGGAGACAUUGUCCAACCCAGAAGCGUCAGGCCUACCAAUCCCCCUCGAUCCGGCGUGCCUCCCCUUCCUCGAGGGUCGCAAACUCCAAUGCAACGCUCCCCAGAAUCGAGUUUGUCCGCCUUGCAGUACUCGGAGUCGCAAGUGCAGCCCUACCACCCCUCGCCACUCAACAAUGCUUCCUACCUGGGCACACCCACUCCGAACGACAUGGAAGAUCGAACGACUUUAGAGGCCAGGAUGAGGGCCCAAGAUGAGAAGAUCGCAGUCCAAGAUCAGAAGAUUCAACAGCAGGAUACACAGGUUAGACUGAUGGCAACGCUUCUGGAGACUCUCCGAGGCACUUUGGACGAUCUCAGGACCACAAUGCGUGAGAUGCAAUCGCGCGAUGCGAUCAUGCGUAAUGAGAAAGCAUAUCCCAAUGGACCCGACAACAUCCCAAAUUUACCUUUUCAAGAUACGAGGAACGCCUCAUCAAAUGAGAUCGAUAUCGAUCGGCUUCGGGCUGAGAACGCUGCCAUCAAGGCGAGGCUUGAAGGGCUCGAGACGGCUAGAGAUCGUCCUUGGAAAGACAGCGACAUCACCACCGUGCUAGGCAAACGCAAAAGACGCAGCAGUGUAACGAAAUCACGAGCCCCAACUAACUCGGACAGCACAGAUCGAUAUGCCGAUCCAUCUUGCCGACAAGAGUCCUCUUUCAUUCAGAUGCCAACUCCCCAGUCCAGCAACUCUGUCGAAAACCAUUCGAUUGAUGAAUCGAGUGUCUCACGGAGUUCUAGUCCCUUCGAGGGGUUAUCUGAAGUGGCUUUACAAAGAGCUUCACAGGCGAGUGAAGAGCUUGGGUCGAUCGCGCAACAUGCUUGUGCCCCUCCGGCGCAGGAUGGGAGAUCCCAGGUCGAAAAGCGUUCUGAUUUCUCCGACCAAUCUAUUGUUGACCCUGAGAGUAACGUUCCUCCAAGAAAUGUGACUCGCUCUAUCCGCGCAGCGGAAACAUCAGACGCAGCUGCAUCUCCAACGGUCCAUGCUUUGCAUGAGUCUCACAGGAAACUCUCUGGACUUCAAGAUAUCGGCCCAAGUGUGCAUGUCAACCCGGAAAAUUCGGCAUCUUGCCCACAAAGCACUGAUAUUGUUAUCGGCGACCUCGAGACAUCGACCACACAACAGCCAGGAGCAGACAAUGUCGAAUUCAGUGAUGAAGACAACGAAGGAGCGAUCGAAUUGCAGAAUCCCAAGAGUUCAACUGCGCAAGACACUCAAAAUCGGGUUGGAUCUGUCAUUGAUACGAAAGCCAGAGCAAAUCAGGAUGCACAGAUCUCCCAGGCAGAUCCCUCCGAGGAUGCUUCAGAAGUGCAACAAGAGCAGCAGGUGCAACCUCGGACCACAAGAUCGACGGCAAGCAGACAAGUUGCAGACCCUACUCCUGAAGCUGUUACACCAGAUGGCUCAGAAUUGAAAAAGCGACCAGGUAGUAGAAGGACUUCAAGAAAAUCCACUGAAAGAUUCGCUGAAGGCCGGAGUGUUGCUCCUGAACCUGCAAUACCUAAAGUCGUACGCCGUCGUUUACCCCCCGAGCCAUUUGAUGUUACGACCCCAACAUCUUAUGACGAAGAACUGUCUAGAAAGAGGGCCAAAUUGCCUAAACCCAAAGUCCAAUACACGACUAAACUGUUAAACAUUGAGCUUAAAGAACUUGGGCUUGACGAGUGGAUCGAUAAGGAUAGGAAAAAUCCGGAAUAUCGCGCUGCCGUCGCUGAGGCAAGGAAACGCCAGCGAGAACUCAACAAAGCGGCCAAAUUGAUGAGCUAUGGACUUGGUGAGAAUGGCGAACCUCUACCUACACCUUCCAAUCCGGGAUGGCAGCGCUCGUUAUCUCUUGAUGAAGCCUUCAAAGAAGCCACAGAUGCGUUGGUGGUCAGUGGCACCCCUGGGCUGAAGAGUGGAAUCAGGGAUGAGCAGCCUCUCCAAGUCGGCGUGCCCCAUCCUCAAGCCGACCCCUAUGGAUCGGCUAGGUCCCAAAACCAUAUGGUCGAGAUUUUGCCAGUGGCCAACUAUGUAGGCAAUCGCCCUACUCCAGCUAUACAGCAGAACUCGUCAGUACCUGAUGUGGUCGUCCCGAAUACCGCGAGAAGGCAGCGAGAAGAGGAGAUUCGAAGACGCGACCAAAUUGCCAAGGCAGCCAUGGAGAUGUGA